UUUCUCGGUUAUUGAAAAAACUUGAAAGUCUUUUACUUAUUAUGUGUUGACCGCCUGGCGAUUUAUAUUCUGCUGCUCCAUUUUCGAUUGAGUGUGUCGUCAACACAACGAAGGCACGCCGAUGAAAAGAUAAAAGAAGAAGAAAAAAAAAAGACAUAUGACCCCAUCCUUACCAUCACCUCCAUCGACCCCGGCGUGCUCCACAGGCACUAAACUAGGUCCUGAUCCAUCCCCAGUCCGGGGCCGUUCGUAAGCUCGUAUGGAGAUGCCCCGAUAACGUACGGGGUGAGUAGAUAAAAACCCUUUUACGAUGCCGGCCAUCAGAAUAUCUGGGGCCUUCAUUCUUUCUUUAUCACCUCGCCCAUUACCACGCACGCAUCCGUCACUAUUCUGCGCUGGUAAAUACAAGAGUCAAGAUGGUUUCCUCAACGCGGGCGUACAACUGGUACGUGUGCAUGGUCGCUGCCAUGGCCAUGGUGCUUUACGGAUACGAUGCCUCCGUCUUCAACAGUGUUCAGGGCAGUGACCACUGGCUCGAGUGGUUUGAUCUCAACUCGGCUACCGACGCAUACAUGAUUGGCCUGAUCAACACGGCGUACACCAUCGGAGCUAUCAUAUCUGGGUUCUUCAUUGGUGGCCCGACGGCCGACUACUUGGGUCGACGAUGGGCCAUCUUCGCCGGGUGCGCUACCACUGUGGUGGCGACUUUCAUGCAGGCUUUUGCUCCGUACCACAGCAUCGGCGUUUUCAUUGCUGGGCGUGUGGUUAUUGGUCUCGGUCAAGCUGCUGGCCCCGUCUACAUUAAUGAGAUGGCGCCCGCUGAAAUCCGCGGAGUUGUCAUGACUUUUUGGCAACUCUUCUACAGCGUCGGCUCCUUCAUCUGCUUCUGGACCAACUACGCCUGCUCGCAGAACCGCAAAAGCCUCGGCCACUGGGACUGGCGCACGGUGGUCAUCCUCCAGGCGCUGGUGCCCGUCAUCAUCAUGAUGCUGAUCCCUUGGAUCCCUGAGUCGCCGCGUUGGCACAUCCAGCGACACGGCGACAUCGAGGGCGCACGGGCAGCGCUGCGCAAGGUCCGCGAGACCGAAGAGGAGGUCGAGUUCGAGGUGGCGACCAUCCGCGAGGCCAUCGAGUACGAGAAGGAACUCUCGCAGGGCUCGUCUUACAAGGCGCUAUUCAGGGAUGCUUCCGUCAGGAAGAGGCUUUACCUGGCUAUGGUCCUCAACGUUGGGCAGCAGCUUACCGGUCAAGGCACGCUCAACAGCUACAGCACGGCCAUUUACAAAAAGGUAUGGCCCGACGUCACCACCAUCAACCUGAUCAACGCGCUCAACGCGACCUUUGGAAUCAUCUUUACGCUCAACGCCGCCUGGACGGCCGACCGCUUUGGUCGCCGCUGGCUGUUCAUCGUCGGCGCCAUCGGCAUGAGCCUGUGCAUGCUCGCCGUGCCCGUCGUCGGGCUCGCCACCCCGGACAUUGACGGCGGCAGGAAGACACAGCCGGUCGGCAUCGCCAUCGUCUUCCUGCUCUUCAUGUUUGCCUUCUUUUACAAGCCCAGCUGGGGCGCCACGACUUGGAUCUGGACCGCCGAGGUCUUUUCAAUGAACGUGCGCGCGCAGGCGGUCGGCAUGUGCUCGCAGAUGCAGAACGUGGCAAACACAAUCUUUCAGCAGUUCUUUCCCAAGUUCUUGCAGGAUACUGGCCUCAAGUGUCUCUUCUUCUUCAUGGCCAUCAACAUCGUACUCGCCGUCUUUGUGUACUUCCUAAUCCCCGAGACAAAGAAGGUGCCCCUCGAGGAGAUGGAUGUUCUCUUUGGAGGCGUCAACCAUGUCGACCAGGGCGCCGAGAAGCUCGGCCUCGACGACAACAAGGCCGUCCCGACCGUCCAGAUGGAUGAGGAGACCGGCGGCAGUGCCAUCCCAACUGGUGACCGGACGAGGGCAGCUGCUUAGUUUUGGUACGGCCCUUCCACGGAUUGUGCAUAGACUGGAUGUAGGAAACGGUUUUAGUUUAGAGUAGUCCACGGAAAAAGGCAAUUACAGCUUAUCAGCGACCAUCGACUUUGUGAGCUUGGCUUUCAGGUCCGCCGAUAAGAAGAGGCUGAACACCGAGGUUGCGAUGCUCAACCACCCACCGUAUUGUACUCCUCAAGAAACGACUAGACUAUUUGAGCGUGCAUUACUUGUGUAGAAGCAGAC